AUGCUUCCGUCGUCCGCUAAGGCCAUAGCUCUGGCUCUUUGCAUCGCAACGAUUGUCUUUAGUGUGGAAUGCAGCAGUAUCGUCGUGCCGGAUCAGAUUGCUGCAGACACGGAAUUCAAGGUGGAUAUCAGCGGGCAACUUGCGAAUACAACUGGCUAUGAUACGUACCGUGUAUUUCUGGCUGUCGACAUAGGACCUGCGCUUGAGAAACUCGACUCCGUUGACGAGGACACCCGAUACUGGAGGCCGUCGUGCUCCCUUGCUACGUCAAUACCAAUUACAUCAGCAAACCCUACUUUCGCAUCCCGUCUUCAGUAA